ACAAAGUGUAGACUAGAGGAGGGGAACAAAAUCCCUAGGCGCUGGAGGGAUCCGAUCGUGCCUGGCAUCUCCAUCCCCUCUUUCCCCCGCCUCCUUCUUCCACCUCCGGCCGCCGCCGCGGCCAGGCCGGCGUGGCGGCGCACCACCCAGCACCUCCACCUACUCCACAACGCCGCAUCAUCUCCAUCCGCGCUACCGCAACCCAUCCAUCCACCAGCGCCAUCACAUCCAGCCACCACAACCUCACGCGCCCUACCAGACUAGAGGUCGUGGUUGUCUGGUGCCCCGCGCAAGUCCUCACCUCUGCUUGUGCCCGACUGCUGCUGCUCAUUCCCCUGCCUCUUCAUCUCCUGUGCCCCCUGCUGCUCUUCCUUGCCGAAGCUCUUCUCUGAACCUCUCCUCCUCCCAACGUCCCCCUGCUGCUCCUUCCCCUUCACUUCCUGCUGCCGCUCCCCAACUUCUCUUGUUGCUCCUCCUCUCCUCCGUCUUGAUGCUGCUCCUUCCCCCGUUGCUUCUUCUUCUUUAUCUUCCCCUGUUGCUGCUUCUUCUCUCAAUCUCGCUGCUGCUCUCUUCUCCCUAAAACUGCUACUGCUCCUUCUCCUCACGCCCCUGCUGCUGCUCCUCUUCUUAACCCCAGCCGCAGCUCUCUUCUUCUCUCUCAAGCUUGUUGCUGCUUCUCCCUUCUCCAACCUCCUGCUGCUGCCUCCUUCUCCUCUUGCCCUAUUGCUUUUCCUCCCCCUCCAACCUGCUGCUACUUCUUCUCCCUCAAUCUCCUGCUGCUGCCAUCUCCCUCUCUCUAAAUUUCUGUAGAUUUGAGAUCGAAUGUAAUAUUCAGAUUUGUCUAGUGCUAUGAUAUGUUUAGUUUCAGACUCAAGCUUGUGUGGUUUUAAAUUGUUGAUCUGAAAACUGAAUUGUGGCAUAUGACUCUCUGUUCUUAUGUGUGGUAGUUAAACCCAUCACUUGUGUUUUGUACUUCUUGAAUAAAGGAGUUCAUCGUGUAGUACCUGUGGUAGCUUUGUACCUGUGAUAUAAAUAUAUAUUUGUAUGGUGAUAUAUUUCUGUCCUUGACACAUUAUUGUUUCUUCCGUCUGUUACAUUGUAUGUUAGUUAUAUAUGUUUGUGUGGUGAUAUCAAGUACCUGUGAUGUAUACAUAUGUGAGUGUGAUUGUGAUGUGAAAUUUCUUUCCUUAUUCCGUAAUCUUACUUUUGCCCCUUUUACAUACUUUCUAGUAAUAUAUGUGUUCUUUUAUUGUAGAUUUCCUUUUGUAGUCUAUGUAUGCAUGUGUUGAUGUUUUAUUAUCUCUAGUAAAACAAAAAUACCAAAAAUAUAGUGAAGAUAAUCUGAACCUCCCUUUGCUUCUUUUCAUUUACUUUGUCUGUUGAUUUUCUGGAACUGUCUUAGAUAGCUUAGGUUUAUUUUCCUUGUAAUCGUCACUUAAAUUGUCUAGCCUAGCUUUAGCCAAGCAUCAUCGCUGAUCAUUUAGUCCCUGUGAAGAACACGACAUCCGUAGUUUGGGGCGUAAAAACCCCGCUAUACUUUCAAUUGAUCAUUUUGGCGCCGUUGCCGGGGACUAGCGUCGAGCGUUUGUGUGAGGCUUUAGACUAGGUUUUUCUUGUUUUUUCCUUUGUGCUAUAUAUUUGUGAUAUAUCUCUAGCCACUAACCCCUGUUUUAGUUAGUAUCUUUUUGUUUUCUCUUCCUUUUUGCAGGUUGGAUUAUCCUCUCAGUUAUGGCUUACUAUUCAGAUCAUCAGGCUUAUGCGAGCAACACUACAAACAGCACAGAAAGUGUUCAAGAACUGAUAGGAGAUGUGUCCAAUGGAGUUAAAUGGUCCUCCAUUUGGUCAACCAACAACUCCAGCACCUUUCGAGCAAUCUCAUGUGCAAGUGCGCACACAAGAUGAAUUUGAUGAUAUAGAGAAGCUCACAUUGCUUAGUCUCGAGUUCACUUCGAGUGCCGAGGAUGAUCCUAUUAGGAAGGUUAUACUAGAUGAAAUGAAGAAGAUCAAGAGUGGAAAAGAGCUAGUGGAAGAAGUAAGGAAGAUUGAGAAGAACAUCAACGCUGGCAGCACUAUUUCUUCACAACUUGAGUUGAGUGUGGCUGAGAUAUCCAUGGAUACAUGUGAGGUUCCAACACCUUCACAUUUCGUUGAGCAAGAUAGCAAGUGCCUUGAGCAAGAGAUACCUCAGAUUGAAGAAGAUGAACUAGAAGACAAGGAACAAGAUGGUCAAGAGCUGCAAUUCCCAAGUGAUCAAGUUGAAGACUCAUCAUCUAUUACUCCUGAAGAAGUACAAGAAGCUGCUGUAGAUGAAGAUGAAGAACAUGAGAUUCAUUUGCCUAUUGUCGUACCAGAGCGUGAUGUGUCAGGUUUACUCAAUCCUCUUGAUGACAUGAUGCCUUGUGAUUUCUUUGCUACCACCUUGCAUUACAUGAUGCCAUCUGUUAAAGUAGAUUUGAAAAAGUAUUUGCUUGGAUAUGAUCAUAUAUACCCUGUUAGUGGCAUUACUCACAUUAAUGAUGAUCACAUUUACUUUCCUCGUGCUAGACCUAUGCUUAAUGAAACAUAUCAUUCUUAUGCUAGUCUUGAGCUUAAUGAAAAAUAUCAUCCUCAUGUUAGUGUUGACUUUGCUCAUUUCUACCAUUCUAAACAUGUGCUUUAUAGCUAUGCUUAUGUAAUUGGGUACUCUAUUGAUGAUUUAGAGGGCAUCUACCCUAUCACUUGUAGUUGUUGUUUGUGUGAGUCCUAUUUCAGGUUUUUGCUUGUGCAUGAAUCAAUACAUGCUGACCAAGUUCGAGAUGACAUCCCAUGGGAUCCUGGUGGACCCAAAGCAUGGCGAUGAGGAGAAGCAAUGGGGCACACACGAUGAAGAGUGAAGCUGGAGCAUCCAUGAGGAAGCAAAGGAGAAGAGGAGCAGCUUAGAGAUGAUCGAGCGAGUGUUACACCAUCAAAACCCGGUGAGCUGUUUCAUGACCCCAAUCUGAAUACCAUCAUACAUUAUACAUGCUGUAAUCAACCGUUAUUUGGGUUGCUUGAGUCAUUUCUUAAAUACCGUCCCAUUGAAUUUUACCGUCGACAUAGGGCGAUUGAUGUGAAUAUGUGAACUGAGUGUUGAAUGCCUUGUAAACUAGUGAUCUAUACAAUGCUUGCCUUGCUGAAAGUAGUGGAAGUUAUUAGUUUUGAGUGCUCAAAUCCCGGGUACACUAGAAAACUUAAUCAUUUUCUGCUUUUACCUCGAUACACCUAGAUCACCACGUUUAGAUGCUGAAUUUGUGCCAAGUGUGUCCCCAUUGAGAGCAAUCACCUAACCACUAUGGAUUAGCAUGCUAUGUUCCCUGGAUCGGUAGCAUGUGAACCAGACAUGGAGAAGUGAUGAUUCCUGUUUUUGUGCUUAUGCGUUGUUCAUUUAAGAUAAGUAAUAAUGAAUAAAUAAGUCUGGUCUACCUACAGUAGCAUGUCAUGUUCCCUGGAUCGGUGGCAUGUGAAAUCUGGUAGCUUGGACAGUAAUAAAUAAAUAAAAAUGUAAUUGUCAAACUAGGUGUAUACCAUGUUCCUGGGAUCGGUGGUAUGUUCCUUUGGGGA